GUAGGGGCCACCAGUAGCCAGCAUCCCUAACACCGUGAGCUAUCGCUGAGGAGCCAUCUACAAGGUUCCAGAACUAUGAGCAGAACCUACCGCCAAGGAACUGACAUGAAGAACAUCUAAGAGUGCCUGGGACCCAAGAACAAACCCCUUACACAAAGCUCAUUCGGAAGGCUGUGCUGCAUUUAUAUUCUCUGCAUUCAUUGUGAGAUCUAUUUAAACCAUAAGAAAUGGACUGUGGGGUUUGGUUUGGCUUUUCUGUGAUCAAACAUACACUUUCAUCUGGUGUCAUUUUGAGUUUGGCCAUUCAGCUAAGCUUCUCCCAAAUGACUACUGCUUCUAUUAAGGAAGACACCAAUGACAACAUCACCAUAUUCACACGAAUACUUGAUGGUUUGUUGGAUGGAUAUGACAACAGACUUCGCCCUGGGCUUGGAGAGAGAAUAACUCAGGUGAAAACAGACAUCUAUGUAACAAGCUUUGGACCUGUGUCAGACACGGAAAUGGAGUAUACCAUUGAUGUAUUUUUCCGUCAAAGUUGGAAAGAUGAACGUCUUAGUUUUCAAGGACCUAUGCAUCGUCUCCCUCUUAAUAACCUUUUGGCUAGCAAAAUAUGGACCCCUGAUACUUUUUUCCAUAAUGGUAAAAAAUCAAUAGCGCAUAAUAUCACCACCCCCAACAAACUACUACGUCUUGAAGAUGACGGCACAUUGCUUUAUACCAUGAGGCUGACAAUUUCAGCAGAAUGCCCCAUGCAGCUAGAAGACUUCCCCAUGGAUGCUCAUGCAUGUCCUCUCAAAUUUGGAAGCUAUGCAUAUCCUAAUUCUGAACUGAGGUAUGAGUGGACUAAUGUCACCCACAAGUCGGUGGUUGUUGCAGAAGAUGGCUCUCGUCUAAAUCAGUAUCAUUUAAUUGGACAAACUGUAGGGACAGAAAACAUCAGCACAAGCACAGGUGAAUAUACUGUGAUGACAGCACAUUUUCAUCUGAAAAGAAAAAUUGGUUACUUUGUUAUCCAAACUUACCUUCCAUGUAUAAUGACAGUCAUCUUGUCACAAGUAUCUUUUUGGUUAAACAGAGAGUCUGUGCCGGCUCGGACAGUGUUUGGUGUUACUACAGUCCUGACUAUGACAACACUCAGUAUCAGCGCACGCAACUCACUCCCAAAAGUUGCAUACGCUACUGCAAUGGACUGGUUUAUAGCAGUAUGUUAUGCCUUUGUCUUUUCUGCACUCAUUGAAUUUGCAACUGUGAAUUAUUUUACCAAACGAAGCUGGGCAUGGGAUGGAAAGAAAGCGUUGGAAGAAGCUAAGAUAAAGAAAAAAGAACAAGAAUCUUUAGGAAGAAAACCCAUCAAUACUUACGGAGGAGGGAGAAUAUCAUACACGCCAAAUAUUUCUAAGGAUCUGACCACCUCCGUUAUCUCUAAUGCCUCCUCCAUCCAUAUGAAAACUGCUGAAGAAAAAAGUGCUGAAACUAAAAAGACUUAUAAUAGUGUCAGCAAAAUUGAUAAGAUGUCGCGGAUCGUUUUUCCUGUCAUGUUUGGAACAUUCAACUUGGUAUAUUGGGCUACAUAUUUGAACAGGGAACCUGUCAUCAAAGGAGCUGCUUCCUCCAAGUCCUCUCCGGUAUUGCCAAUACAUAUCUAAGCCAUAUAUCCGCUAUUGACUAUACCAACGAUAACAAUAGAUUUCAAAGACUUUCCUUAUGUGUGCAAUCUUCUUGCAUGGUUUGACCACUCAAUUGACUCAAAUUUACUCAUUUGAAUAUAUGACCCAAUAUCUUUGAAGAAAGAAAUUCUUACUGUGCCAAAAACACUUCACCAUGGGCAUAAUUUUCUGAUUUAUUUAAUAUGUUGUGGAUUGUUUUGAUGUUUCAGUUUUGGGAACUUCCCAG